AAACGAUGGGAUUUUGAACUGAGAAGGCGAGAAGAGAAGCUGGAAGAAGGAGCAAAAAGGAGAGGAAGGAGAGAGCGACGAUUGAAACUGGAAAGAGAGCAAAAAGUAAAAGAAGAGGCAAAAAAGCAAAGAGAGGCCAUUGAAGCCGCAAGAUCUCGAAGACUUGAUGCUAAUCGAAGCCCACUCAAGGGAUGUAAACUUGAUAAUUCUGAUUUUAGGGUUGUUGUUUACGAUCACUUUAAGGGUAAUGGAGAAAGAUUAGAUUGCCACUCUUCCUGUUUCACAGAAUGUCUGAUAAAGUGUAGAAGCUCAAAGUCUCCUCUGAUUGAACUCCGUUAUGUCUGGCUGCCUAAAGGAACUUAUGCAAAGCUUCAACUGAGGUUGUUGGGCCUUUUCAGAAUCCCAUACAAAGCUGUCCUUGAAACUACCCUUCGGCAGCAUGCAACCCUUUCUAGGGUGAGGUGAAAAUCGUCAACCAUGGGGAUAUUAACAUAAAAGUUAAGAGUUUAAGAGUUAAAACCUUCCUCUAGUGUGUCUGUCUUGGAAACAGAAGUUGAGGUUGAUAUAGUUGGUCCAGAUUCAAGCUUCAGGAGAGCACAAAAGCAACAUGAUGGGUCAGCAAGCGGAUCUUCAUCAUCUAUAGAAAUUGAUACUGUGGAGUGUCGGAAUUGCAAGCAUUUAUUUACCACUAGAAGUAUAGCACUGCACGAAGCAUUUGGCCUUGCGGUUGGAGUUUUAAAGUUUUUCCUUGAGAAAAGAACAGAUUGGGGAACAAAAUUAAAUAUAUUUUGCUUGUUUGGUCUGUGGCAGGUAACAACACCAAACUUCAGCUGUCCCCUGCGCCUCAUCACGUGCCGUUUUGUGGUGACAUGGUUCAAAGCUGGGAGUUCAGCUAUGGAUGCAAGGGAACGAUUAAGAGCGCUUUGAUCCGAGCAUGAAAAGUAUUUGUGGUUCUUCAUUGUUGAUGCUGAAAUUCACUUGUCUGUAUGGAAGGAGGGAACAGAAAUAUUGUUGCAUCAUGCUAUAGUUGUGGAUUGGAGGAAACGCUUUG